AUGCCUUUACAUCUACUCGAUCUGAACGAGGACGUCCUAAAUCAUGUCGUAGACAAGCUCUAUGGUGGAAAUGCGCUCAGAUUUUCACUGGCGUCGAAGCGCACCUACGAAGUUGCCAUCCAUCGCGUUGCCGCCGUGGUGAAAUGUAGGCGAUCAGACAGACUCGCCCUCAUCCACCGGGUCUUACUCAACGGCCCACGACCUCGCGCGCAUCACAUCGAGGAUCUAGUCAUUCACGCACCUAUCUUUCUACAGGGAGAGGCUCCCUAUCUGCCGCAAGUUCGGGACAGUAAUCCAGAUAUGCUCUCACUCAUUUUGGACCUCAUUUCUAACGCCCCCAAGCUCCGCCGACUCACUCUCUGCGAAGUCGACGCCUCCUUGCAGCGCGACCCACGGAUGGAAACCGUCCUUCUCGGCCUUCGCAAUCUCAACCGCAUCGAGUUCGCGGGGUCGACGAGGUGGAACCUCACUGUCCUAUCGCUCCACAACUAUGCCACUGCGCUUCCCUCUCGGGUGACUGCCCCACCCGAGGAAUUGUGGCCACAGCUGUUCGACACAAUCGCGGCGUUCCCGCAGUUUCACACGCUCGAUAUCGCGGACUUUCGGACUGAUGACAAGUCGUUUCGCGACAUCGAUGGUUAUACACCCCCUACCUUUCCAGCUUUACGCAAGCUGUUCUUAUUCCGCUGCUCGUCUGACGUACUGGAUUUGGCAUGUCUCUCUCCGUACUUACACACGCUCGAUGCAGACUUAGCCUGGGGUCAGUUCGACUUGAUGCUCCGCGUUGCAAGCCGUCCCGGGCCGCGCCUUUCCCCACUUCGCUCGGUACUUUUCUCUUCAAUACUGCCGGCCCUCUAUGCGACGGAACUCAUGAAUACCGCGUACCACCUGAGAAUCACUCGUACUACCUUGGAGGACAAUCUUCUCUCCACUCACCACUUAGGAGUCCACUUACGAGAAAGGCAAGCCGCAGCACUGGUGGAGAUAGUCCGGACGGUCUCGCCUGUUCGGGCGCAGCUAGCGGCGGUCAUCGGGGACCAGUCCACAGAAUUCUGGCAGCGAAUCUCCUUGGCCGCUCCACGAAUGAAGGUCAGAGCUGAGGCUGGUCUUUCCAUCAACGCUGGAUUCGAAUCGCGAGUCUCCGAGUUGGUUGUUCCUAGACUCACCAUCACCAAAAUACAGGACAAUAUCCCCGCAAUGCUAGCAUCGCUUCCUCUCAUCGGCCUACGGCUCCAUUGUGGGAAGAUGCCAGAGCUCUCGAAACUACAGUACUCGAACGACCCGUUGUACGAGUAUGACGAUGCGGUAUAUGACGCGCAGAAGAAACUUGCUCGCGAGCUCUACUCCACGCGGGUGCAAAUCAUGAAGAGCCUUCCCCGCCGUCUUACGAAUGCGAUCCAUGGCCUUCGUGUGGUGGCCAUUGCUGACGAAGAGCCGGAUGCGGACUACGACGGAACCCCACACGUGCCCCGCCCGCUCAGCGAGAGCGUUGGCGACCAUCUCGAUGACUCUGACGAGUACGAAUAUCAAGCCUCGUGGUACGCACACUUCGUAAAGAGCUUGGAGUGGUGGAGGGUCAUGCGAAACGAGGAGGAAACCGUACGUUUGGAAGCUCUUACUUGGGAUCAAGGAACGCGAGUGCAGAGAUUCUUCGAAGAUUCAGACAUGACGGGCCUCGAGCGCAUCGACGGUGAGAGCUCUUGA